GGCAGGCGGCGGCGGUGAGAGGUCCUCCGGGCGAGGUUCUGCGUACGAGUUUCGACGGCUGGGAAGGAAACCGGGGUCAAUGGGAUCUGAAGUAAUGAUGUUAGACAAACCGUGUUCAUACCCUUCCACGUCAUACUCGCCUCCCUCAUCCUCAUCCAGAACUUCGGAGCCACCAUAUGGGGAUUGUGGUUGGAACCGCUGGGAUGCUGCACCAACUUCAGUCCACCGCGACCAAAUCAGGGUUUAAUGAACUCACUAGGCGAAAGGAGCCCCGGCGAUGGAUCAUGCGUCGGGGCGCCCGUUCGCGGCGGGAUGUAGAGCGGCGCCUCACUUGGCGCAGGAGAAGCCUCGACAUCUGCCCUGCGAGGAGGCGUCGGCAGUGCAUCUUGCGCAUCCUCGUAGCCCUCGCCAUCCUCUUCAUCGCUCUCCUCGAUCUGAGGUGGAGGAGGCGGAGGAGGCAUCGGCCUAUGCGGAGCAUCGACAUGCGGCUGAGGCUGCGACGUCCGACGUACGGGCGGAGGCUGAGGGCCACGUUCCUCCACAGCAGACGGAGGAGGUGCAGGCGGUACAGGGACAGAGGCCUUCCGCGAGGACUGCACUGACGCCCGACGAGCGGGGAGCUGCCGGGGUGGCAGAGGCGUUUCUUCCUUUUCCGACUCUUCGGUCUGUGCCGGCGAAGCCGAACGAGGCGGCGGUGGAAUUGAUCGACGAGCCGGAGGAGGUGGAGGUGCUUCCUCUUCCUCAGGUGCUGGCGAAGGCGACCUUGGCGGAGGAGGUAUGGAACGUCGAGCAGGAGGUGCUAGUACCUCCUCAUCAUCAUCCUCUUGCGGCGGUGGCGACGGCUCCCGUCUCGCAGGGGGCGGCAGCGUCGUCCUCCGCGCUGGCGGCGCGCGCGACUGCUCCUCCUUGA